UCGUCUUGAACAGUCAUUUGAAUUUUCUAGUCAUAAUUUUCAAUUUUCAAUCUGAAAAUUGGAAAAUUCCAUUUGCUCCGUCUCUCUCCAUUCAUAUUCCUGUUAACAUCACCGACCUGCACAACAAAAGUUUUCCUUAAUAAUUAUUUUUAAUUUCUUAUUUAAAAACUAAGGCAUAAUUCUUUCAUUCUUCAUUUCAUUUCCAUUCAUCUCUCUCUUUCUCUAACGCGUUUCUUUUUGAAGAAACGUUGAUCAUUGAUCACCGAACGAACGAAUUCAUUCUCCAUAUUCUCUAUAACUCUUCAAUAGAAUCAAUACCCACUCCCCCUUCUUACACCUUUCUCUCCAUAACCCAGAUUCUAUUUUCUCUCUUUCUUUUCAUUAAUUAGUUUUUUUUUUCUUUUUUCUUUUGGGAAAACAAAACUCUGUAAAGUUUCAAUCUUUUUUGCAAUAUGAAGAGAGGCAAAUUAGAAACCAGAUUAAAUAAAUUUGAUAUGUUCAUGUCCUUGAGCAGGCAAAGAUCGAUCCAAAUCCUGAUUGCUGUUGGUAUUUUAUAUGUAUUUCUUGUAACGUUAGAAAUCCCUGUUGUUUUCAAUACUAAUAUCAGUUCUGUCUCUCAAGAAACUACCACAACCUUAACUCGUCCUUCUAUGCUUCAAAGCGAACAAGAUUUGCAAGAUAAAGAUGCCCCAACUCGUCCUCUUAACUGGGUCUCUCACAACUCGCUACAACCAACUCAGUCUCGUUCCCAACCCAUUACAGAUAUUUUAUCGAGUUUGAAAUUUGAUCCAAAAACAUUUGAUCCCACUAAAAAAGAUGGCUCCGUGGAGCUUCAUAAGAGUGCUAAAACUGCUUGGCAGGUUGGUAGGAAGCUUUGGGAAGGGAUAGUAUCAGGUAAAGUUAAGGUUAAAGAAGCUCAAAAACCCGAAAACCGAUCCGAAUCAUGCCCGCAUUCAGUUAUGUUAUCUGGGUCUGAGUUUUUGAAGCAAGGGAAGGUGGUGGAGUUGCCUUGUGGAUUGACAUUGGGGUCACAUGUAACUGUGGUAGGGAAGCCAAGAGGGGCCCAUGCUGAGAAUGACCCCAAAAUAUCGUUAGUGAAAGAUGAAGGAGAGGCUAUUAUGGUGUCACAGUUUAUGAUGGAGUUGCAAGGGUUGAGAACUGUGGAAGGCGAGGACCCACCUAGGAUUUUGCAUUUUAACCCUAGGUUGAGAGGAGAUUGGAGUGGGAAGCCAGUGAUUGAGCAGAAUACUUGUUAUAGGAUGCAGUGGGGGACUGCUUUGCGUUGUGAAGGCUGGAAGUCUAAGGCUGAUGAGGAGACAGUUGAUGGUCAGGCGAAGUGUGAGAAGUGGAUACGUGAUGAUGACAAUCACUCAGAGGAGUCAAAGGCAACUUGGUGGUUGAAUCGAUUAAUAGGCCGAACUAAAAAGGUGUCUGUCGACUGGCCAUUUCCAUUUAUAGAGGAGAAGUUGUUUGUUCUGACUCUUAGUGCUGGUUUGGAGGGUUAUCAUGUCAAUGUCGACGGGAGGCAUGUUACAUCUUUUCCUUAUCGGACAGGCUAUACUUUGGAGGAUGCCACUGGGCUUACCGUGAAUGGUGACAUUGACGUUCAUUCUGUAUUUGCUGCUUCAUUACCGACAGCACACCCUAGCUUUGCCCCUCAGAGGCAUUUACAGAUGUCUGACAGAUGGAGAGCGCCACCACUUCCUCAGGGGCCUGCAGAACUUUUUAUAGGUGUGCUUUCUGCAGGCAACCAUUUUGCUGAGAGGAUGGCUGUGAGGAAGUCUUGGAUGCAGCACAGGCUUAUUAAAUCGUCAACUGUGGUAGCUCGUUUCUUUGUAGCACUGCAUGGCAGAAAAGAAGUGAAUUUAGAGUUGAAGAAAGAGGCAGAAUUUUUUGGUGACAUUGUUGUUGUGCCCUACAUGGAUAACUAUGACCUUGUAGUACUGAAAACUGUUGCCAUCUGUGAAUAUGGAGUCCAUACAGUGCGGGCGAAGUAUAUUAUGAAGGGGGAUGAUGAUACAUUUGUUAGAGUGGAUGCAGUCAUUGAUGAAGCAAGAAAAGUUCCUGAGGGUAGGAGCUUGUAUAUUGGGAACAUAAAUUACUACCAUAAGCCUCUGCGACAUGGUAAAUGGGCAGUGGCAUAUGAGGAGUGGCCAGAAGAGGAUUAUCCACCCUAUGCAAAUGGACCAGGCUAUAUUUUGUCGUCUGACAUUGCGCAAUUCAUUGUCUCCGAGUUCGAGAGACACAAGUUAAGGCUGUUUAAGAUGGAAGAUGUAAGCAUGGGAAUGUGGGUGGAGCAAUUCAACAGCUCAAAACCUGUGUUGUACUCGCACAGCUUAAAGUUCUGCCAGUUCGGAUGCAUUGAAGGGUAUUUCACAGCACAUUACCAAUCUCCGAGGCAGAUGAUCUGCCUUUGGGAUAAACUGCAGAAGCUGGGAAAGCCCCAGUGCUGUAACAUGAGAUGACAAAUCUUGAUGCCUGUUGAGGAAAGUUCAGAAUUCUGGAAUACGUGAUGAUGGUCACGGAACAUUUGUGACUAAAGUGCUGGAACAUGGACAACGAUGAUCGCAAUAUUCGAUGAUUGUCUGGAUUAACUUGGGAUAGGUCACAGAAGAAGUUUUGCAGUCAUAGCAUCAAAAAUCUUUGUAUAUUCUGCUGUGAAGAAGUUGGCUUAGUUGUUCCUAGGCUAAGCAAUCUCCAGUCGAAAUUCAUUCAUUUUUUUCUUCCAAUUUUGUAAAAUGAAUUUGUUUCUUUUUCUAUUUUAACUUAAUUUAAUUUAGGUAAGAAGUAGCUCCUUCAUUCACUUCA